UCCUUCCAUUCGCAAACCGCAAACCCACCCACCACCAGCAACACAAGCGCGCGUCAUCAUCACGCAGCUGUUGCCAGAUUUUGAUUCGCGGGCGUCUCGGAGAUGAGCUCCCGGAUGGCCGGAUCGGUCCUCCUCCGCCACGCCGGCGCCAGCCGCCGACUCUUCUCGGCCACCGCGGCCUCCCCGGCGGCCGCCGCGGCGAGGCCCCUCCUCGCGGGCGGCGAGGGGUCCUGGGCGCGGCUGAUGUCCACCUCCGCGGCCAAGGACCAGGCGGCCAAGGCGGCGGAUGCUGCGGCGGUGGCGGGCAAGGGGGGCGAUGGGGAGAAGAAGGAGGUGGCCGUCAACAGCUACUGGGGGAUCGAGCAGUCGCAGAAGCUGGUGCGCGAGGACGGCACCGAGUGGAAGUGGUCCUGCUUCAAGCCCUGGGAGACGUACACCGCGGACACGUCGAUCGAUCUCACCAAGCACCACGUGCCCAAGACCAUGCUCGACAAGAUCGCCUACUACACCGUCAAGUCGCUGCGCUUCCCCACCGACAUCUUCUUCCAGAGGAGGUAUGGAUGCCGUGCAAUGAUGCUGGAGACUGUCGCGGCAGUGCCGGGGAUGGUGGGCGGCAUGCUCCUCCACCUGCGCUCCCUCAGGCGCUUCGAGCAGAGCGGCGGGUGGAUCCGUGCGCUGCUGGAGGAGGCCGAGAACGAGCGCAUGCACCUGAUGACCUUCAUGGAGGUGGCACAGCCGAGGUGGUACGAGCGCGCCCUUGUCAUCACCGUCCAGGGUGUCUUCUUCAAUGCCUACUUCUUGGGCUACCUCAUCUCCCCCAAGUUCGCGCACCGUGUCGUCGGGUACCUCGAGGAGGAGGCCGUCCACUCCUACACUGAGUUCCUCAAGGACCUCGAGGAUGGCAAGAUCGACAAUGUGCCUGCCCCAGCCAUCGCCAUUGACUACUGGCGCCUCCCUGCCAAUGCCACCCUCAAGGAUGUCGUCACUGUGGUGCGCGCCGACGAGGCACACCACCGCGACGUCAACCACUUCGCAUCGGACGUCUACUACCAGGGUAUGCAGCUGAAGGCCACCCCUGCGCCGAUCGGAUAUCACUGAGGCUGGCCGUGUUCUGCUGAGUUUUGCAUCGCUACUAAGCAAAUGAGUGUUCGUUUUGAAGGCAAAGCAAAUGAGAGCUCUUUUAGCUGUAUAGGAGAUGUUGCAAUUGUUGCUCGUUUUGGUAACUACUGAGUACUGAGAAAUAAGCAGUGUGCUUGCGUGUUACUACAAAUCUAGGAUAUUCUUGAACCAUUUCGCUCUGAGAUGAACCUUUUUGGCGUACGCCACAAUGUUUUCUUUUAUUUGAGUACCUUGCUAUGUACA